CAGUGACUUUUCUCUUUUUAAUAUUAUUAUGGAUUUGGGUUUUUCACAAACUCAUUGUAGGAGACACCCUUGGGUGCCUACCUCCCCAUCCAUUAUCCCGUCGUCCUUGUUGGCGAGGGCCUCAAAUGUGUUUGUGUGUCCAUCCUUCCCUGGUUAACUCAGGGGCAAAUCCUGACUGGCUAAGAUGAUCAUGAUGGUUCUGUUUCCCUUGCUGGUUUGAAGGAUUUGGGUUUGGUGCUCAGUUUUGGCUAAAAAUAGAUAAGGAAAAGGUGCUGGAUGGUUUCUGGGAAAGCUUCCUCUGCUCUUAAAAAGGGAGGCACAAGAAGAAAUGGUCCUUCUUUUCCCACUGGAUGUUGUUGUCUGUAUGGGAUUAUUAGAGUGGUAGCGGCCAUUUUGUUAAGAAGAUAACUCAUUGAGGAGCUGACUCAUGGAGGACGGAAAGAUGGAAAAACAAAACCCUGGCUCCUUGAGGAUGCUGUUGAGCCACUGAACUAAACAACCCUAGGGCCAGCCUACCCUAUGGACUUCUUAUUUUCUGAGAUAAUAAUUUUUCUGUAUUGUUUGAACCAUUUUGAAUUGAUCUUUUGGUUACUUGCAACAUAAAGCAUUCUGACGCAUUUAUCUAUUGGAAUUAACCCUAUUUAUUAUUUAGUUUUGCUCCUCAAAAGGUCACAACACAGCCAGUCAGAGCCUCUCUAAUUGCACAUCUUGCCUGUGACUUUCUUGAGAGUGCUCUUACUUUUUUAGCAACAAUAGCAUGUUCCAGGCUUAUCCUGAGUUUUACCUGCCCCCAGCCAUGGAGUCAGCUACCCCCUAAGAAGUCCAAGUUUCUUUUAGUGGAGAAUAAUAUUAUAGACCAAAAUCUGGGCUCUAAGGAGUUGAUGUAUGUAAAAAGGACCAUUGUUACUUUGGGACCCUUUAGUAGUGAUAGAGCUGGAAAAGGGCUAAUUUUCCUAAUAUAUAAAUAGUCCCUACAAAUCAAUAAGACCAAAAUCCAAUAGAAAAAUGGAAUAGCUAGUUCACAGAAAAGGAAAUACAGAUGGCUCCUACAAUAUGAAAAGAUGCUCAACCUUAUUUAUAAUAAGAGCAUGCAAAUUAACAUUACACUAGGGUAACAUUUUUCACCUAACAGAUUGGCUAAGGCAAAAAUGUUUAUCAACACACUAUUGACAAGAGUGAAGGAGAAUGGGCACUCCCACACAUCAGUGGACUCAUUGAUGGGAGUAUAAAUUCGUACAGCUUGUAUGGAGAGUAGUGUAGCAAUUUGUGCCAAAAUUAUAUAUGCUUUUGGCUUAGAAAUUCCAUUUCUAGCAUUUUGUAUACAGAUAUAUUUACAUCUGAGAAAUGAUGUAUAUACCAGGUAAUUUCUUUCAGCAAUAAAAAUUUUUUAUGGUUACAAAAGAUUGCAAAUAACCUAAAUGUCCAUUUACAAGAAAUUGGUAGAGUAUAUUAUGCUUCAUCAAAACAAUGGCAGCCUUAAGAACAAGGAAGCUAUUUAAGGACUGAUGUGGAAUGAUCUCUUGAUUUAUGUUGCAAACUGGGGGGAAAAAGGUGCAGAACAGCGUGUAAAGUGUGCUACCAUGUGCAGAAAAAGGACAAAAAGGAUAGGCAUGUAUUUACUUGUGAAUGGGUGCAGAUCAGUGACUGCUGGGGGUGGAGAAAUUAGGGGGCUUGGGGCCAAGAGGGAGGGAGACACCAGUGAAUACCACUUUGUACCUUCUAAACUUUGAAUCACUUCCCACUAAAAAAAUAAACAAGAAAGUAUGCAUUACAGAUGUAUUUCUAUUGACCUCCUUUGCUUUACCAGGCUUAGAGCACGUCACCCCAUGGUGGCACCACAGCUGGAUUUGCUAUUCCCUUAUUAGUUACAUUGCCUGAGAGUUAUUUGUUUGCCUUUGUCUCCCCCAAGGGAAGGAUUUAUUUAUAAUUGAUCUUUCAGUUCUGUGUGUUUCAGUUAAUACUUAUUGACACCCCCAAGCCCUGAUACUGUGCUAAAUCCAGGGGAAACAAAAGUGAGUAUGUGGUACUGGGUGGGAUUGUGGUCCUUACCAAGGAGGAGCUCACCUUAGCAGGGGAUAUGGACAUACAAACAAAUUACUGUAGUAUUUGUUUGCAGCAGCGCAACGGUAGAAGUAUGCACCGGGCGAAAGCAGUCGAGAGGAAAGCUGAUUAGCUCUGGUGAGGGUAGUGGGGAGGGUUGGAAUCACCAGGAAAAACUUCCCUGAGAAAUUGGAGUCUAACCAGGGUUUAGAAGGCUGGAUAGAAUUUUCCAGGAGGAGGGACUGCAAGCCAACAACACAGUGGGUUCUGGGAAACACAGGGCUCCAGGCCAAAGAGAGAGACAGGAUAUGAGGGUGGGAUGAGGUUGGAGAAGGGCUGGCCAGGUUAGAAAGAGCUUUAAUGUCAAGAAGUUUGGAUUUUUAUCCUGCAAGCAACAGAGAGGCAGAGGCUUUUAAGCUAGAAAGGAAUGAACCCCAGAGCUUGGCACGGGGAAAGCAAGAAAGCUUCAGAGUUGGUCAAAUUAAUUCGGUGGCCUUAAUGUGCUUUCCUCAAAUGCUGCUGCAGACCAGGUCUCCUUGCCCGUUUCAUCCUCUCCUACAACCCUAAGCACGACCCUUGGCAGAGGUGAACCAACUCAUGAGGCCAGUGUGUGUGUGUAUGUGUGUGUGUAGACAGAGUGGGCUUCCCAGCCACCCACACCAUCUGCCUGCUGGGCCAGGCUUCGAUUCCUUCUUCCUACAUGUUUUCUGCCCAAAUUCUCAUCUGCUUCCUCCUUCUAUCCUCCUCCCAUCAAGAUAAUGGUCCGAAUCCCCUGGCCCCACAUGGCCCCGCCUUCUUCGGCUUCGGGUUGAGCUCUGGGCGGCGCAGAGCUGGGAAGGGUUGGCUGGAGAACUGCCAUCCACGGCCCCGAUCCCUGGCAAGGCUUCUGAGGGGCGGGGUCUUGGGCCCCAUUAUUUAGCGCCUCCACUCUUUUGUCCCCCCCCGCAGAAGGCGCGAAACAUCUUUGGGCAAGAUGGGUCUCUACCGCGUCCGCGCGUCCACCGGGUCCUCGCUCCACGCAGGCUCCAACAACCAGGUGCAGCUGUGGCUGGUCGGCCAGCACCGGGAGGCGGCGCUCGGAAAGCGCCUGUGGCCGGCGCGGGGCAAGGAGGCAGAAUUCAAGGUGGACGUGCCGGAGUUCCUGGGACCGCUGCUCUUUGUGAAACUGCGCAAGUGGCACCUCCUUAAUGAUGACGCGUGGUUCUGCAACUGGAUCUCGGUGCAGGGCCCCGGGGCCAGCGGGGACGAGUUCAGGUUCCCACGUUACCGCUGGGUGGAGGGUGACGGAGUCCUGAGCCUACCCGAGGGCACUGGCCGCACGGUGGUAGAUGACCCCCAAGGCUUCUUCAAGAAACACAGGGAGGAGGUGCUGGAAGAGAGAAGGAAGCUAUACCGGCUGGCAGACCUAGCUGUCAAAGACUCUUUAAAUAUUCUGACUUGCUGGAAGGAUCUGGAUGACUUCAACAGGAUUUUCUGGUGUGGCCAGAGCAAGCUGGCUGAGCGGGUGCGGGACUCCUGGAAGGAGGAUGACUUAUUUGGGUACUAGUUUCUCAACGGCACCAACCCCAUGUUGCUGAGGCGCUCCACUCGCCUUCCUGCCCGCCUAGUGUUCCCUCCAGGGAUGGAGGAGCUGCAGGCCCAGCUGGAGAAGGAGCUCCAGGGAGGCAUGCUGUUUGAAGCUGACUUCUCCCUGCUGGAUGGGAUCAAGGCCAAUGUCAUCCUGUGUAGCCAGCAGUACCUGGCUGCCCCUCUGGUCCUGCUGAAGCUGCAGCCUGAUGGGAAACUCUUGCCCAUGGUCAUCCAGCUCCAAUUGCCCCGUGAAGGGUCCCCUCCACCACCGCUUUUCCUGCCCACGGAUCCCCCGAUGGUCUGGCUCCUGGCUAAAUGCUGGGUCCGUAGCUCUGACUUCCAGCUUCACGAGCUGCAGUCUCAUCUUCUGAGGUGACACUUGAUGGCUGAGGUCUUCGCUGUGGCCACCAUGAGGUGCCUUCCAUCGAUACAUCCUAUCUUCAAGCUUAUAAUUCCCCACCUGAGAUACACCAUGGAAAUUAACAUCCGGGCCAGGUCUGGGCUGGUCUCCAACAUGGGAAUUUUCGACCAGGUGGUGAGCACAGGUGGGGGAGGCCACGUGGAGCUGCUCAGGCGAGCUGGACCCUUUCUGACCUACAGGUCAUUCUGUCCCUCUGAUGACCUGGAGGACCGGGGGCUCCUGGGCGUCAAGUCUUCCUUCUAUGCCCAAGAUGCCCUGCGGCUCUGGGAAGUCAUCUUUCGAUAUGUGGAGGGAAUAGUGAAUCUGCAUUAUAAGACGGACAGGGCCGUGAAAGAAGAUCUUGAGCUGCAGACCUGGUGUCGAGAGAUCACUGAAAUUGGGCUGCUAGGGGCCCAGGACCGAGGGUUUCCUGUGUCCUUAGAGUCCCGGGACCAGGUCUGCCACUUUGUCACCAUGUGCAUCUUCACCUGCACUGGCCAGCAUUCCUCCGUCCACCUGGGCCAGCUGGACUGGUAUGCUUGGGUCCCUAAUGCACCCUGCACGAUGCGGCUGCCCCCACCGACCACCAAGGAUGCGACGUUGGAGACGGUGAUGGCAACACUGCCCAACGUUCAUCAGUCUUCUCUCCAGAUGUCCAUCACUUGGCAGCUAGGCAGACGGCAGCCCGUCAUGGUGGCUCUGGGCCAGCAUGAGGAGGAGUAUUUUUCGGGCCCUGGGCCCAAGGCUGUGCUGAAGAAGUUCAGAGAGGAUCUGGCUGCCCUUGAUAAGGAAAUUGAGAUCCGGAAUGCAAAGCUGGACAUGCCCUACGAGUACCUGCGGCCCAGCCUGGUGGAAAACAGCGUGGCCAUAUGAGCGCCCCAGACCUUUGGUUGUUUCAGCCCCUUCUACCCAAGCCAUGACCCCACCCCUUAGUGCUCCCUGUCUUGCUGUCCCCAAACUCCAUCCUCCUCUUAUCUCCCACCCUCCUGAAGAGUCACCUUUUCAUUGUCUAUGCCCACAGUGGACAGAUUUUACCCUAGAUGCACUACCUGGGGGCCUCAUUCCCCCUUCCUCCCUCCCUCUCUUCCUCCCUCAUCAUUCAGAUCUUCCCCAGGACAGAUAACAGCUGUGGGUAUAUACACUGUUUCAAGAGUAGAAUAGGGUAAUAAAACAUACCGCUUCACACCUUUUAUAAUUUUGAAACUAAAUCAAGUUUAACAACAACAAAAAGAUAUUUUAGACUAACAAAAGAAAAGAACUAAGAUCCAAUUAUCCUAAGUAAAAUAUUGGCAAAAGAAUAUGGCACAUCUUUUUAACUGGAUGUUAUUUACCACCUGAUGGAAUUUUCCGCCUGUCCUGAAGCCAGACACAACACAGAGCAAACCGUUUCAUUUCACGGCCCACUUAGACAGCGAUAAAUGGACGUAAACUGGUUGAACUGAGGGAGCUGCUCCCAGCUGGCAGGUAUCUGGCCUUGGGGUUUUGCCUGAGGGAUCCCUAUCUAUAACCCAUUUGCACUUCACCAUUUGGGAAGCCUCAAAUAAUAGUAAGGAAUCUCAUGAUUAUUUUAGUGAAUGAAAACAAAGGAAUCAAUAAAAUCCAACUUCUGUAUCUGA